UUGUUUACUUGGGGGUGAGGUGACGUGGGAGAAGGGUAUCGAAAGGCAGGAUCAGAUUUGGGUCCUAGUCCAUCCCGCCUACAUCAUUUCAUAUACUGACUCAAAAAGAACCCUAAAGUGCUAAGUUUGUUUUGAAAUUAUUAUUCCGAACAUGUAAAAGUAGAGACUUCCCUUACCCAUCACUCAGAUUCAAUAAUUAUCAACUCAUAAAUGAUCUUAUUUCAAUUGAUACCUUGAUUGAUGUCUCCAGAAGCAAAGUAUUUUUUUACCACGUUUUUGCUUAGUGAUAGCAUUACAUGAGGCAAAAAUAAUAAAAGGUUUGUUCCAAGGCAAGAGCUUCAUAACUUUAAAGAUGGAAGAUGUGAAGAAACAAAAUCUUUGAAGGAUGGAAGGAAAUGACUGACUUUAAAAUGAAAGAAUUCUGGGUAUUGGAGCAAGUAAAGAAGAUGGGUUCAAGUGGCAUGAGGAUUGGCUGCCUGGCCACAAAGAAGGGGUCCAAGGACCAGAUGGGGCAGAUGGAGAGAGAGCAGAUGUGACCAAAAAGCUUAAUAAUAGGAAAGAAAGGACAAGAAGUAUGUUUGUAAUGUGGUGGUUUAUAAGUUGAGUCAAAAUGUCCCCAGAAGUGGCCUUGAACCGAAUUUCUCCAAUGCUUUCCCCAUUCAUCUCUAGUGUGGUCCGGAAUGGAAAAGUGGGGCUGGAUGCUACAAAUUGUUUGAGGAUAACGGACUUGAAAUCUGGAUGUACAUCAUUGACUCCUGGACCAAACUGUGACCGAUUCAAACUCCACAUUCCAUAUGCUGGAGAAACAUUAAAAUGGGAUAUUAUUUUCAAUGCUCAAUAUCCAGAGCUGCCCCCCGAUUUUAUCUUUGGAGAGGAUGCUGAAUUCCUGCCCGACCCCUCUGCUUUGCAUAACCUUGCCUCCUGGAACCCUGCAAACCCAGAGUGCCUCCUGCUUGUGGUGAAGGAGCUCGUGCAGCAGUACCACCAGUUUCAAUGCAGCCGCCUCCGUGAGAGCUCACGCCUUAUGUUUGAGUACCAGACUCUCCUGGAAGAGCCUCAGUACGGAGAGAACAUGGAAAUUUAUGCCGGGAAGAAAAACAACUGGACUGGUGAAUUUUCAGCUCGCUUCCUUUUGAAGUUGCCAGUGGAUUUCAGCAAUAUUCCCACAUAUCUUCUCAAGGAUGUAAAUGAAGAUCCUGGAGAAGAUGUAGCCCUCCUUUCUGUCAGUUUUGAGGACACUGAAGCCACCCAGGUGUACCCCAAAUUGUACUUGUCACCUCGAAUUGAGCAUGCACUCGGAGGCUCCUCAGCCCUGCACAUCCCAGCUUUUCCAGGAGGAGGAUGUCUCAUCGAUUAUGUUCCCCAAGUGUGCCACCUGCUCACCAACAAGGUGCAGUAUGUGAUUCAAGGCUAUCACAAAAGAAGAGAGUAUAUUGCUGCUUUCCUCAGUCACUUUGGCACAGGUGUCGUGGAAUAUGAUGCAGAAGGCUUUACGAAACUCACGCUGCUGCUGAUGUGGAAAGAUUUUUGUUUUCUUGUACACAUUGACCUGCCCCUCUUUUUUCCUCGGGAUCAGCCAACUCUCACAUUUCAGUCCGUCUAUCACUUCACCAACAGUGGACAGCUUUACUCUCAGGCCCAAAAAAAUUAUCCAUACAGCCCCAGAUGGGAUGGAAAUGAAAUGGCCAAGAGAGCAAAGGCUUAUUUCAAAACCUUUGUCCCUCAGUUCCAGGAGGCUGCAUUUGCCAAUGGAAAGCUCUAGGAAACACCAGUGUUGAGAGGCGGCCAGCCAGACUGCUGGGUCCCCAUGCAUGUCAGCACACAGGACCACUUCCUGGAAGCCACUUGGAUGGAAUGUCUUCAUGGCAGUGUUUUGCUCACACAGCAGCUCUGCACACUUCAGAUAGCCCCACUGUGCUGGAGCCCAAACUUGAGCUGAAUCCUAGCGCCCCCUCACUACUGGUUGCUCCCUUUCUUUCCUUCAUUAUAUUUCUUAGCUGGAAGAAAUAAAUUCACAAAUCAGAAUGCAGUAAUUUUCCAGGGAAAGAAAGAUGUCAUAAAUGCACACA